CGAGCCCAAAACCCAAAACCCAAACCCAAACCCGCCGAUCAGCUUAUCCCCUUCCGCAGCACACGACGAACUGCGAGAGGAGGCAGAGGCGAAGCGAGCCAAUUGGGGAGGAGAUGGAGCCGAUGCCCUCCUCCCGCUCCGUGCUCUCCUCCUGCAAUCGGAUGGUUGUUCUUGCUCCGUCCAGGAGGGUAUCCGCGAGUGCGAAGCGGAAGGAGAAGGGAGUAGUAUGUAUUUUGGGUGAUGAGAAGAACGUGGAAGAGGGGAAGAUCCGGAGGAGAGCAGCAUUUUCCUUGCUGCUGGCUUCGCCGGUGCUGUCAGUGGCGUUCUCAGCCUAUGCGAAGAGUAAAAGCAUGAACCCUUACGACGAAAGGCGGCUGCUUCAGCAGAAUAAGAAGAUUCAGGAAGCCAACCGUGCCCCCGAAGACUUCCCAAACUUCAUCAGAGAAGGUUUUGAGGUCAAAGUAGUGACAUCGGACAACUACAUAACACGGGACUCUGGACUAAUGUAUGAGGACAUAAAAGUUGGUACAGGCAACUCUCCAAAGGAUGGUCAGCAGAUUAUAUUUCAUUAUGUGGGCUACAACGAAGCGGGUCGAAGGAUAGAUAGCACCUAUAUUCAAGGUUCCCCUGCAAAGAUUCGGUUAGGGAAUGGAACACUGGUUCCAGGUUUUGAAGAAGGCAUACGGGACAUGAAACCAGGUGGUAAGAGAAGGAUUAUAAUACCUCCAGAGCUUGGUCCUCCUGUCGGGCCAUCGACAUUCUUCAGCGCGAAGCAGUUCGAGGUGUUCGACGUCGAGCUCCUGGCGGUGCAGGACUGCCAACGGAGGACGAUAGCCUUUUAUUCUGAUGUUGUGUGCAGCUGAGCAUCUGCUGAUAUCCCAUCAAAGCCUCACCACCGGGCAGCACGUUUCCAUCAUCUUCCUGCAUCUUUGGCUGCUGACAGGAUUUUUGCUGGUGGUCGGGGUUGUUGUGUAAUUGUAUAGCCAUCUGUUGUUUCUGCGACAGUAAAGGUUACUGGUAGACUGACAGUGUAUUAGCUCUUCAUUUUUUGUCUUGAAUAUCAUGAUAAUGGCAUAUGCGCGCAUUUGGUGCGUCUUUUUAGAAGGUGGCAUGCGUACCUUGA